GACGACCCCAUACCGAACAGCUCACUAUAUUUCGCAGUUAAAACCUGCGACAAGUACCACAAGGACAGGAUUCCAGUUGUGAAGGAUACUUGGGCCAAACAGGCGAAGCAUAUUCAUUUUUUUAGUAACGUGAAAGAUGAAUCAGUGCCUACCAUAGACCUGGGUGUGCCAAAUACAGAACAGGGCCAUUGCGGGAAGACUAUGGCUAUUUUGAGGUAUAUUGCGAAGGAUAUAAGAAAUGACACCGACACACGAUGGAUUGUUGUGGCCGAUGAUGACACUAUAUUGAGCGUCUCCAGAUUCCAGCAGCUGCUGACCUGCUACGACGACGCGGAGGACGUGGCUGUGGGGGAGCGGUACGGAUACAACGUGCACUCACCCCGGGGAUACAAUUACAUCACUGGGGGCGGCGGGAUGGUCUUCAGCAGGCCUCUCCUCGACAAGCUGGCGGAGAACGGCGCUUGCGAGUGCCCCUCGCUCGACACCCCCGACGACAUGUUCCUGGGGAUCUGCAUGGCGGGCCUCGGGGUCAGCGUCACGCACUCGCCGUUUUUUCACCAG